CCGGGAGAUUUAAAUCGGGAUUGUUCAAGGUAGAUUUGGACGUUGACUUGUGACGAUGUUUCAAAGACCGUUUACGAUAAAGAGUGACACGAGCAUCCGGAAUUCGGACAAGAAGAAGCUGUUGGCUCGUUUACCUCCCAUUGGCGGUAUCACCAAUAAAACGAUGGCUUCUUUAAUGCAUGUGAAAUGCUGCAAAGGAGAAGAUGUGAAUAUUUACACAUUCGAGAGGGAACCUUUGUUGUUUACUGUAAUGGGAGGCGAAGCACUUUAUCCUACAGUUUACCUGACAUGGAAAAUACCUGAAGCGUUCCCUGUACUUGUUGUCAGUGAGUUUGUAUAUCAAAAGCUGUUGCAUGGAGCUGAUUUAUUCCUUCAAGGUGUAAUUGGUCCAUUACGGCAAACUUUGGAGUUUGGUAGUCAUGCAGCAGUAGCUAUAUCUGUCUUAUCGUCGUCAAACCAGCUUCGAGGUCCUGUAGCUGUAGGGUAUUCAUUGAUGUCAUCGAUGGAAAUGAUUGCGAAUGGUAUGCAAGGGCCAGGUGUUCGUUUAUUGCACUUUUACGGCGACUUGCUUUGGGAUGUGGGAACUCAUGCAAAACCAUUGGAGAUUCCAGCGGAAAAGAUGGGUUUAGGCGAUGCAUCAUCCGGAAGUUAUGAAACUGAAUUUCCAACUUUGAGUUCCCUAAUUUUGGAUGAAAAUACCAGCGAAGUGCAUGACGAAGCAAUCAGCGGCUCAUCAUUUGAUGCCGCCUUGGAUGAUAGGCAAAAAAACGAUGAAUUGACUAUACCUCCGGAAGAUAAAGCUGAAGAAGAACUCAAGUCCGACCCAGUGGAAACUUUGCUUGAACGUUGUUUUUUGGCUGCACUGAAGUAUCGUGUAACUGAAAAAGGACAGCUGCCAUUGGAUAUUGGAGAAUUUUACUCACGCUUCCUGCUUCCAUGUAUACCAUCAGGUCGACGGAUUGAUAUGAAGAAAACAGUGUAUAAGAAAUUCAGCGUUUUCCUGGAACAUAUUAACAAAAGAGGAAGUGAACCUAUUGUAAAACUCACAGUAAAUAAAAGUAAAGGAUCGGGAAUGAUUGAAAAGAUAAAUUGGAUGCAUCCACUUCUGAAGAAUUUUGAAACAACUGAUGAAGAAAUUGACAACAUAAAUAAUGAAAAGGGGCUGGUUAAAGUGGACGACUAUCUUGCAGUUACCGAACCAGUUUCGGCAAUUUUCCGAGAUCACUGUGGAAAAGGUGGUUUGAUGGACAAGACACAAGUAAGGCAGAUAAUCACUGCAUACGUUAAAAAAAUGAAUCCGACCAUGGAAGGAAAACUAAUCUUAAUCAGUGACACUGUAUUGGUAUCACUAUUGGGAUCUCGUGAGUCAGUGGACUGGAAUACACUAUUUCAAAAAAUUAUAUCGAAAAUGACGAAAACCUACGUAAUUACCUGGGCUGAUGGACGGCAACUGAUGCGGAAGUCAACACUGCCAAAAAUUACAUUUAAGAUUGAAAAUCGCGCUGGUAAUAAGAAAGUGACGUUGGUGAAUAAUCUAAGUAUUUAUGGAAUCGAUCCUAAAAAAUUUUGUCGUGAAAUACAAACUGGUGUGGCGACAAGUGCUGUUAUUAUGAAUAAUGCUGCAGAAUGCGAGGGCUUUCAAAUUUUAGUGCAGGGAAACCAGAUCCUCUUCAUCAGCAAUCUUCUUACCAAAUACGGUGUUGAGAAGAAGCAUAUGAGAGGUCUUGAACUCAUUCCAAAGCAGCGAUAGUCACACCCGUUCCAAAGAAGUGAUGUGUUCUUCGUACUUAUUCUGUUUAUAUUUUAUCUGGGAAUCUUUAAACAUGUCCAAAAGUGCUUUGAUCAUUGGUAUUCAUAUUUUUAGCAAUGCUUUUCCUACCGUACAAAUCCUUUGUAACUGUGGUCGAAA